CCGAAGAGGUACAACACCUAAAAAUCCCUGCAGCACCCCNUAUGUAUGCAUGCCCAAAAACUGAACUGCAUGUCCGUCCCACCGUUCGUACAGUAGCAUCACCCCCUCCCUGUCCCUCUCUAUACCAAAACGGAAGAUUGCCGACUACAGCAUACUGCUGUCAGAAGUGCUGUCUGUGCAGAUCGUCACUCGCGCUGCACGUGCCCCCCUGCCUCGUUUUGCAGCGCAUUGCCGCUACCAAACCACCACCACCACCACAGCGGUCACCCACGGCACGUGUCAAGUUGAGCCAACUGCCAUGGCUGUCAGUCCAACCAGAAGGGCCAAGCGUGCCCAUGGGCUGGCCUCCUUCACGAAGAGGGUGUCGAGCCUGUUGGAUGCACUGGCCAUUUUGGACAACCUCGCAGCGCUCGAUGCUCCGUCGAAGAGGAGCCGCAGCACCCUGGUCGCGCGAGAGAGGCGGCCUUUCGAGACCUACAUCAAGCCGAUGCUGCAAGACCACACGUUCUCGAUGCGCUUUCGCAUGGAGUACGAUGACUUCAGGGUUGGUUCUAGUAGAUCACCUGCGACCUGCCCUGCAGAAGAACCAGCAGAUGGGGCUGCUGCGCAACGGCGCCAUCCCGGUGGAGGACCAGGUCGCGAUGACGUUGCGAUGGCUCGCGGGGGGGUCCAUCUACGAGUGCAUGGACGGCCAUGUCAUCGCGAGGAGUACGGCAUACCACGUAACGUCGACCGUGAUCAACGCCCUGAAUGCCUGUCCGGAGUUGAACUGCAAGUGGCCAGAGGGUGAAGAUGCUGCCAGAGCCGCCGAGCUUUUCCGCAACCGCAGCUCUAUGGAUGUCGUCCGAAGUGCGUGGGAGCAAUGGAUGGCUUGUUUGUCCGGGUGAUCAAGCCGAGCGCGAAGGAGGUCGCAGAGCCCAACUUGUAUUACAACGGGCACAAGAAAGGCUUCGGCAUGAACUUCCAGGUGUGUAUGUGCACAUACAUGUGUAGAUUUUUUCCUUGGUCGGCGGCCUAUCCUGAUGCCGGGUGCGUUUUGCCUACAAAGCAGCGACGGACCUACAUAUGCUGCGGGGGUAGAACAUCGGGUUCAGUACAGCAGUAGUACUCAUACAUUCCUCCGGGUGCGGUUGUGCACGAUACAAGCUCAAACGAAGCUUCCAAGUGUAUUUUCCCACUCCCCAACGCACAGGAUUCAUCCAUCCAAGGGUGCGCACUUUGUAGGUAGCAGUGUUGUUGAGGCGCGUCAUGGGCGCAUAUUUUUGUGCGCAGGCUGGAAUGGGCCUUAGUGCUACUUUUCUACUGCUGAGAU